UUGAAGCAAAUAUUCGCGAAAGGCCUUGAGGAUUUUGAACUCCGAGAAGAAGCGUGGAGACUCUGCGCGAAUUAUGUUGGAGGAAUUUGGAAGGAAGUAUCUGCUAGUGACAUUAUUAUCACAGUUCCACCUGGUGGUUUGAACAAUUUCAUCUUCAUUGUUUCCGUACCAGAAAAUUUCCUGAGAGUUGCUGCGGAACCCACCAUGGUCGUACUCAGGAUUUAUUUUUCUGAAGAUAUUGAUACAUUGUUAGCGGAGUCAGUUAUAAGUGUAACCUUAUCAGAGAGGGGAGUAGGGCCAACUGUUCUAGGGGUGUUUCGCGGAGGCAGGAUUGAAGAAUUUAUUCAGUCACGAAUCAUUACAAAUAAGGAGUUGUGCAACAUUCACUAUUACUACCCCUGCAGUGUUGGGUACGAAGUGGGAAAAAUUCUGGCUGCUGUCCACUCAUUGAACGUUGGAAUUUUAAAAGAAAAUCGUUUCGAUUCUCUAAUUGAUGGCAUGGUCAAACGUCUACGCCAUGCACCUCGGUGGGAUAAACCGCAAAAAAUGCGUACGACUCAGGCGAAGUGGGAAGACAAUUUAUUCCCGCCAGUAUUGACAGUUGACCUCCUUGCUGAAGAGUUUGAGUUAGCAAAGCAGUGUCUGGCCUGUAGCGGAAGUCCCAUUGUGUUUUCAAACAACGAUCUUCAUGUAACUUCUAAUUAACA